AUGCCGGAACAUACAACACCUCCAAGCAUAAUCUGCCCAGGUGACAUCACAGCAGACAACGACCCGGGUCUGGACAGUGCCGAGGUGACAUGGACAGCACCAGUUGCUACUGACACCACGGGAGUUACACCUGUGGUCCUCAGUAGUGUUACACCGCCACAUAGGUUCUCAACAGCUGAAAAUGGAACAGAAUUCUACCGGGGUACCUACAUCGUUGAGUAUCGUGCAACAGAUAAUGGAGGCAAUACCAAGACAUGUGAAUUUACUAUAGAUGUUGUUCCCCGUAGGUGUGAGUACUAUCGACCGCCUGUAAACGGAGCUACAGCAUGUGACACCUGGCUAUAUGGGCAAUUCUGCACAGUACUUUGCAACCAUCUGUACGAGUUUGCAACAAGCCCAGCUCAACUCUAUGUCUGUGGUGGAUCAGGGGACUGGAGUACCUUCCCACUUGGUAACUCACUCCCUUGGCCAGAUUGUUCUGAACGAAGGGAUCCCAAUGAAGUUCACAAAGGUCUGGAGGCACAGUAUUUCGUGGGUGACUGCCAUGACGAAAGUACUCAACUCAGCAUCAAGCAGCAGUACCUUGAAAUCCUGCAAGGUUCAAUAUUCGCCAUGAUAGGAGCUUGUACGGAUGAUCAAGGGAACAACGCCUGCCUUGUAGAAAAUGUGGUGGUCCACUCUGGCGGAGUAAAUGGCACAAUAACAACGCAUAAACCCAUAACUUGUUCACGACUUAACCCACUACCCAAUGCGGUAGCAUACCCAAGCAACUGUACCAUGAGCAAAACAAGCUACCUUGACAGCUGUAUUUUCUCCUGCAAACCUGGAUAUAGCAGUACCAACGGACAGACGACUCUAGUGACUACAUGUGGUGCUUCUUCGAUCCCUGGCAGCAGCGACGGGACAUGGACAGAACCGAUCGAUGGCUUCAAUUGUGAAGGUGGAUACUUGACACUUUAG